AUGACUGAAUUCAAACACAGGACCUCCUCUCCCUCCUCCUCCUCCUCCUCCCCCCCCCCUCCACCCGGUGCGGUCGACCCCAUAGGAGGGAUAAAGAAGAGGCGGGUCCGGAGUUUCUUCUGGAAACCCAUACCUGAAGACCAGGUGAAAGGGCGGACCAACCUGUGGACACAGCUUCCUGUGCAGCAGCAGCAGUACUACAUAGACGUCCAGACCAUCGAGGAGCUGUUUAGUCAGACGGACUGUCAAUCAUCUGGGGUUACCUCUGUGACUAGGGGGGGGAAGGCCCGAGGCUCCCUCAGAGAGACCAAAGAUGAGAUCAGUAUCCUGGACUGGAAGAGAGGGAUGAAUGUGGGAAUUUACCUCAAACAGUUCAAGAAGUAAGUCUGUCCUCAUCAUACUCUC